AUGCCAUCCGCAGGUCUUCAAAUGUUGGGCGUCACUCUGGGUGUUGUUGGCUGGCUUGGCGACAUUAUCAUUUGCGCGUUACCCAUGUGGAAAGUGACUGCUUUCAUCGGCAACAAUAUAGUAACGGCUCAAAUUUUUUGGGAAGGUCUGUGGAUGAACUGUGUGAAGCAAAGCACUGGCCAGAUGCAGUGCAAGGUGUACGACUCCAUGUUGGCACUUCCUCGGGAUCUGCAGGCCGCCCGCGCUUUGGUCGUCAUCUCCAUUCUUGUGGCUCUGUUCGGCAUUCUACUGUCCAUUGCAGGUGGCAAGUGUACCAACUGCAUUGAGGAUGGGGCAGCGAAAGCUAAAGUUGCUGUGGUCGCUGGUAUAUUUUUUCUCGUCGGAGGUGUCCUCUGCUUGAUCCCUGUAUGCUGGUCGGCUCACUCUGUCAUUCGUGAUUUCUACAACCCUGUUCUCACUGACGCGCAGCGACGGGAGCUUGGUGCAUCCCUUUUCAUCGGCUGGGGAUCUGCUGGCCUGUUGCUAAUUGGAGGAGCACUGCUUUGCUGCCAAUGUCCAAAGGGCGAGGACCGUGGCUAUUCUGCCAAGUAUUCCGCACCCAGGUCUACUGCAAGUGGCGGUGCUUAUGUGUGA